AUGGCGAUCACCGGGUUACAGAUACUGAAACGGCCGAAAUCGCACAGGGAGUCUCUCUUUCUCCUGCGGAUAGGAUUACAACUCGAAGCGGCCCUCUUAGCCGACAAUCCCUUCCUCAAGGAGCGUGCCGCAAUCGUGGAUGAAGAGGACCGAGCGCCUGCAUCUGUGCCAUCGCUCUUGCCUCGGUUGCCUGCAGGAGUCAUCAAUCUUCGAAAGGAGACCCAGCCUAGGCAACCCUGCGCCACAGUGGAGCAAGAGGAGGAGAAUUUCACGGCGCCAGCACCACAGACCCAUCAGCGCUCGAAGCAGGUAGAAGUCCAGUCCCAGCUGACAGACGUUCAGGAGCGAUCAAAAAAACACCAAGAAUCUGAUGCGGAAACGUUUCAUGGUCGCUUAGACCCCGACAGGAGCAAGGCUCGUGGAGGCAGCGUUGACGCACCUAUGCAACGGUCGAAUGAAGCUGCCGAAGGGAGCAGGCCGGACACAAUACUCGGCCCAAUGACAGCGCCUGAUCCAUCGGACCCGCUCAACCAGCCGACGCCUCAAGAGACAUCUCAACAGCCUUCCUCGUCUGCUCAACAGCCCCAGGUAGAGCAGGAGGAGCAGGGACAGGAGCAGGGGCAGGGGCAGGAGCAGGAGCAGGGAGAGGAAGAGGUAGAGCAGGAGGAAAAUCAGGUCAUGCCAGCUCUUACAUUCAUCAGCCAUGAGCAGAUGCAGCUCAGCAAGCAGCUCAGCCGCUCACCAGCAAUCAAGCAUCCGUUGAGCCGACGAUCAGGCGCAGAUUCGUUGCCGACGUACUCGCAAGAGCAAGUCGACACACUUGAAAAGCACAUUGAGAAGCUCGAGAAGCGGCACCGUCAACACUCAAAAGAAUGCCAUCAACUUCGCACGUCGCUGGGGGAGGCCAAGGCCGACGCGGAGUUCAUGUGCGCCAAGUGGAAGGCGAGCAAGGCAACGGCAGACGAGAUGAGACAUAGCAUCGAGAAGCUUGAGGCAAGGUUGCUCAACGCUGAAGUCGUCAGGGACAAGGCCACCCUCGAAGCAUCGCAGCGAGUAUGGGAGCGCUUCAGCGGGCCGGAUGGACCCGAGUCAAGCCGGCAGAGACGAAUCGAGCUCGUCGAGGCGAGAAACGAGGCCACGUAUCAUCAAAGCCGAGCCAAGGAACAGAGUCUGGCACGCCAAGAACUCGAGCUGACUCUCCACGGCCAGAGGAGGAAGCACGAGCUAGCCUUCGAGGCGCAGGCGCGGGAGCAUGAAGCUGCUUUUCGGAGACUGGCGAGGGAGCACGAGACAGCAGAGCGCCAGCUCAGAUCGGCCUUGGGCACCCAGAGGGGGACCUCUGCCUUCGAGGAAAAGGAGCGCAAGAGCCUGGCCAGUCGGCUGGAAAGGGUCGAGACAGAGAGAGCCAACCUGGCCGUAGAGAGUCAUGGAUAUUCGAGAUUGCUGGAGGAGGAGAGACAGCGGUGCGCAAAGCUCAGAGAAGAGCUAGCGGGGAUUAGGGGCCAUGCGACAAUGGAGCAAGAGCUCAGAAAGGAGCUGGCUCUCGUCCAAAAUGAGCUUAUGCAAGUCAAAAGGGCGCCUCGAGAUGCCACCACCACUACCAAAGCCAUUGUGCCAGAUCGUUCGGCCGCCGGCAAGCGAAAGGCUGCCACCGCUCCCUCGACACGACAUGCAGCUUACGCCGUCUCCUACAAAGAAUCUUCAGUGGACUCCGAAGAACAUGAGCAAGAACAAGCAUCUGAUGACGUGGAUCAUGAUGAUUUUGAUGCUCCUCAGCCGACGAGCUCCAGAGCAAGACUCAACACUGCGAAAACGAUGUCUGGCGCAAGUAAGGUAGGCAAGGCUCCGAAGGCCAAGACUGCGGCCACAGCCGUGGCUCGCAACAAGAAGCGGCCUGAGGAAGCUCCGGCCAACGAGGCAGACGAAGACGAGGAAGACGACGAUUUCGACGGGCCUGCCAUGGUGAAGAAGGUGCAGCCGCAGAACCAGAAGCCAGUGAGAGAAGGGCAACGCGAAACGAAGGUGCAGCUUUCGAACGCACCACGACGGGCCAAGGAGAAGGAACCGACCCCUUUGAUGGAGGAAGAGGAGGUUGAGGCGCUCGCCCUGAGCAUCGUCAGCGAGGAGGACGACGGCGACGAGGACGAUGAUGAUGGAGACGAAUACACGCUCAAGAAGUCUGGCAGAGCAAACAACAAGAGGCGCCACUUGGGCAACAAGCCCCAGGCUGUGCAAGCAGGAGCAGCAGUAAGCACCAAAACCGCCUUGAGUUCCGCUCCAAACGACAAGUCGCGGAUCAAGGAAGACGAGAAACGGCGCAAGGCGAUGGAGAAGCACGUGGAAGCUACGCCGAUGCUUUCCAACGCCAAACGGGUGCGCCAGGAGGAGCACCAAGCGGUGGCUGAAGAGGCUCUCUCGCCGUCGUUGGUCAAGAGGCAGAAGCCCGCUUCUUCAAAGGUCUACAGUGGAUAA